AUGGCACAGUUGUCGCCUGCGAUCGAGUCUGGCUCCGCCACCCUGGCUUCAAACAACCCAUUCCGCAAUCGUGUCUCUCCAACCUCUACAAGUCCUUCGCUAGGUCCUAUCGGACUUGCAACCACAACCAAUCCUUUUCUCGAUGCAAGUGAGAUCACCUUGGCCGGUUCAGCCACCAAAACGUCUCCCGCUUCGCUUGCAGCAAAUCCCAAACCUGCCGCAGCUAACACUACUGCCGAUAUAUUUGUACGGUUGAACCCAGCGGUUUCUUUAGUCUAUCCUUCUAAUGUUCAACCUAGGCCGGUUUAG